GUUAGCUACUUAGUAGAAGCAUGUAACAUUUCAAUAUUUUUCCAUAAAAAAUUUUUCAAUUUGUAAAUUAAUUUUCAAUAAUUUCAAUUAUGUAAACAUAAAUCUUAAAAUUAACAAUUUAAACUAUAAAUAAAUUCAAAAAUUAAAUUGUAGCAACGCGGCUGCUCAAUAAAUUAUUCAGUAUAAACAAAUUUAACCUCAUCCUUGCGAUAGUGCCGCUAAUUAUUAUUAACUUUAAUUAAAUUAUUAUUUACAAAAUAUUUAUUUAUAUAAUCAACAUUUAUUUAAGUAAAAUUAAAGAUGAUUCUUGAGUGCAUUACGGUCGGUAUUCUUUUUCUCGCAACUAAAUACCGAGAUAAUGUUGUCUCAGGUAUAAAAAGUUUGUGUAAAAAAAAUAAAAGCAAGUCGGAUUAUUCUGAUAAAAAUAAUAAUGUAAACGAUAAUGGUGAUGAUAAUUACAAAUACAGUAAUAAUGAGGCUCUGGUACCGGCAUUGUCAUUCAAUAAUAUAAUCUUGGCUGAUAAUCCUCAAAAAUGCGAUUACGCCGUAGAACGUCUUCGCAGUGAUUUGACGGAUGGAGUGCUGGGAUUUGAUUGCGAAUGGGUAAAUGAAGGUCCAGUGUCUCUAGUUCAAUUAGCAACAAAUAAUGGCACUGCUGCAGUGUUCCGUAUUGGCAAAAUGGGACACGUUCCAUUGCAAUUACAAGAAUUACUAUCAAACAAUGCAAUAAUAAAAGUUGGAGUUGGCGCUUACGACGACGGUAGAAAAAUUCUUUCGUCGUACAAUUGCGUAGUAUUGGGCACCCUGGAUCUCCGGUUGCUAGCUGAGCGUCUUUCUGUUACCAGCCGUCAGAGUUUAGCAGCUCUGAGUCUUCAAUAUUUAGACUAUGAAAUGGAGAAACUCGCAGAUAUAAGGUGCAGCAACUGGGACGCCGACCAGCUUGAUAAUGAUCAGAUUCAAUACGCAGCUACUGAUGCUAUUAUUUCUGUUUUUGUUUAUCACGAGAUCAUGAAAGAAGCCGACAAAAGAAAGUCAACUUGGAGUAAGAUUGUUUUAUUCAUAAAAAAAAAUUGGUCCAGAAAUUCAUACGUUUUGCACGAUAUUCCCAAGGAUACUAUCGACAUCAGGUAUCGAGGGCCAAGUAAGAAAAUAAAAUCGAUCAAUGCUCCAACAGCUGACAGUGAACGUUCAAAAAAAUUGAACAAUUACAACAUUAAUUACGAGAACAGCAAUCGAGCGAACGUACUGACCCGCAAGGAACCGUUGUAUCACAAUUGCUAUCUAGAGGCCCCAGAUGGCGAGACACUCUGCACCUGCGACAGGAAAAAAGUCGAGUGGUACCUGAUGAAAGAAUUGGGGGUUAAGGUCAAGGACGACCCGCUGACCAUCAGGCUAAAGUUUGAACCCUCCGGGCGAGCUUUGGGCCAGGUUGGAGAGUACUACACCCAGGUUAAGCUCAACCAAUGCGUUGUCUGUGGUGCUGAGGACAAGUUUAUUAAGAAAAACGUUGUACCGAGAGAGUACCGCAAAUAUUUUCCAUUGGUCAUGAAAUCUCACCAGUCACACGAUGUCCUUCUUCUUUGCCCGAGGUGUCACGAAAUCAGCAACAGGAGCGACCUCGCGAUGAGACAGUCAUUAGCUAAAAUGUGCAACGCGCCUCUGUCAAAGCCGUUGACACUUAGGAAUGACCAGUACCAUCGCAAGCGCGAACUUAUGUCCGCCGUCAAGGUUCUGAGAGACAACAAUCCUUCGAUUCCGCGUCACCGAAGAAAAGAACUGGAGUCACGAGUCCUAGAAUUCACUGGACACGAUAAAAUAACGCCUGAGGUCACUGAUAUUGUUCAUCAGAAACUUAUGAGAGAUAAUACCUCAUCUAUUCAUCAAGUUUCUAAACCUCUUCAUGGCCUCAAGGUUGUAGAAUAUUUCACAAAGUCAGAAAAAGGUCUAGUGGAGCUGGAGCGUCUGUGGCGGGAGCAUUUUUUAAAAACAAUGAAACCUAAGUACUUACCGAAAUUAUGGUCAGUGCACCACAAUCAAGAGAGGUUAGAGAUUCGUGUAGAUCAAAAUCGAAUCGAGCCUCAAGAUGCCAAACUCGCUGGGCUUCGAUAGUAAUUUCAAUUAUUAUUCAUAAAUUGUAUAUAAAAUUAUAAAAAAAAUUAAUUAU